AUGCCCUUGGAUCUGGUAUCCACAAUUUUGCGUCAUUUGUUGUUGAGGAAGCAGGAGCGCGACAGGAUUGCGCAGAACACAGCCAGUGUCGGGACUCAAACUGAGCAGUGGCGAGGAGACAUUCCGGAGCGACACGAUGAAGGCUAUCCAAGCGAUAUCGACUUGCAGCCAGAGACGACGUCGGCGCCCCAAAGUGCUGUCUUGUUCGACGAUGCCGAGGUGGGGGUUGAUGCUGUUCAAGAACACACGGAUUAUGACGAGCAAGCAGUGAGAGGGAACACAUACAUCCAAUUCGAUGUCGAAGAAGAGAGUGACUAUACCAGAGGUCCAGCUCGGAUUGUGCCAGGUUUCGAUGGCGUGAACGAGUGCGCAACGCUGCUGCUCACGUACAGUCUCUCCAAUGCGAUCAAAAAUGCUGUGCAGGUUCAGAAGCUGUUUGUCAGAGAGCAAGAGCAUUCUGAAAGACAGCUUGCAGAGAUCGAUAGGUCUCGCUUCGCUCGGCAACCCUCAGGCAGUACCUGCCUGUACGUAAGGAGACAGCGACUUGAAGGCAGUCUAGCGGUGCGGGGACGUGCUCUGUUGCGGGUACAGCAGAACGUCACCAGAAUUCUUGCAGAGGCCUUUGAAGAGGCACGUUUAGUGCCCAAGGAUCCGCAGAGUGAGCUUCCGAUCGAAUCCUUUGACCUGGACCAAGAAUAUGCCAGGGCAUGCCAGGAAAUUCAGGAGGGAGCUGAUGACCAAGUCGAUCCAGGCAUUUUGGAGGAAGGCGAUGAAUAUCUUCGGGCUAGAGCUCAGACAUCAACGCCAGAAGAAGUGGCAAGGCACGAGAUCGCAACUGCCUUGCAAAUGGCCGAAGAACGUCUGAACGUUGCGCAGUACCGCUUCGAGCACAAGGAUCAAGAGCGUGACCAGGACAAGCGAGCACAAUGGGAGGCACAACUUAGAGGCGAGGAAUCGAGAGAUGCUUCAAAAGAAGAAUUCGACCUUCGCUGGGUGGUACUGAACCAGGAGAUUACUCGUGAGCUCAUCGAGGCCGAAAAGGAGUAUAUGCAGGCGAGGACUCAGGCUGCACAGGCCGCAAUCGAUUUUGACCACAGACCCGAUUACUUUGUAUUCGCUGGCUCCGCAGAAGAUGGUGGGUUCGGCUAUGACGUGAGCGAUGAGACUCGUACAGACCACGCCAGAACUGAUCAGCGCCUCAACGACUGGGUCGAUACCCUAGCGGAGGACGCAGAUCCACAAGUCGAGGAGCAUUCAGACGUGCGAGAGUGGCCUUUUCGAGAUGUGGAUCCAAGUGAUAGUUGCAGUGUGGUGUGUGAUCAACCAGGCCGUCGCCAGAAGAUUCUCGAAUGGCAGCAGACAUGUCGAGAGAUAGCACACAAGUUCUAAGAGCUGUACCACCUUUCAAAAGGUGCAGGAACACGUCUCGGACUCCAAUGAAGCUCUGCAUGGUGCAUUCUCCCUGCUAUAUAGGCUUGAAGUGUGGAGGUCUGAUACGCUCGCAUCGUGACUCUGUCAAAUCUAGAUUGAAAAUUUGUACCGGGGUGCGUUCUACACAAGCGAUUGACUAGCGAUGUUCUUGUGAAAAUAUGUCAGAAGAAUG